CUCUGUUCCUCAAACGUCUCAUUAGGGUCACGUGACGUUUGUUGACAGUGAAGGAGGGAAGAUGGCGGCGCGCUGGAGCAGCGAGAAUGUGGUGGUGGAGUUCCGGGACGCUCAGGCCACGGCCAUGUCUGUGGACUGUCUGGGUUCUCAUGCUGUUCUGUCCGGCCGCCGCUUCCUCUACUUGGUGGAUCUGGAGGCGCCGUCAGAACCACCACGUAAAAUUGGGCGCCACAGUAAGUGGGACGUGGGGACGGUCCAGUGGAACCCCCACGGGUCGGAGGCCCACGUCUUCGCCGCUUCGAGUAACCAGCGGGUGGACUUGUACUCGUGGAGGGACGGCUGUGGGGAGGCCCACUCCUCCCUGCAGGGACACACCCGCGUCAUCAGUGAUCUGGACUGGUCCUGGUUUGAUCCAGAACUUCUGGUCACCAGCUCAGUGGACACGUACAUCUACAUCUGGGACACCAGAAACCCAACACGGCGGUGGAGUACGUAGCCGCUCACCUGUCCAAGAUCCACGGCCUGGACUGGCAUCCGGACAGCGAGUUUGUCUUCGCCACGUCCAGUCAGGACAACUCCGUGAGGUUCUGGGAUUUCCGACAGCCCAGGAAGUACCUGAACAUCCUGUCCUGCCAGGUACCGGUGUGGAAAGCCCGCUACACGCCGUUCUCCAACGGGCUGGUCACCGUGAUGGUUCCUCAGCUCCGGAGGGAGAACAGCCUGCUGCUGUGGAGCACGCUCGACCUCAACAGCCCCGUGCACGCCUUCGUCGGCCACGACGACGUGGUUCUGGAGUUCCAGUGGAGGCCGCAAAAAGCAGGCUCCAAGGACUUCCAGCUGGUCACCUGGUCCAGAGACCAGACUCUGCGGAUCUGGAGGGUGGAUCCUCAGCUGCAGAAGCUGUGCGUCAGUGACGGCGUGGAGGACCUGAUGGAGGGGAUGUCUCUCACUGUGGAGACGGAGAAGUCUCCGUCCUCUCAGGGACCUGAGGGUCAGCUCGGUGGAGAUGUUCUGCUGGACCCGGCUGGCUCGCAGAGCUCCACGACUCGGCAGGACUUGGCGCCGGGUUCAGGUCUGACUCAGACUCUGCAGCAGGAGUUCUCUCUGGUCAACCAGCAGAUCAGAAAUGUGAACAUGGAGAUGGACGCCAUGAACCGCAGCUGCGUGGUGUCGGCGCACUUCGGCAGCCAUCAGGUUCAUCUGGUGGUCAAGUUUCCCGAUCAGUAUCCCAAUAACGCCGCCCCCACCUUCCAGUUCGUCUCCCCCACGACCAUCUCCUCCACCAUGAAGACCAAGAUCCAGAAGAUCCUCAGGGACACGUCUCUGCAGAAGGUGAAGAGGAACCUCAACUGUCUGGAGCCGUGUGUCCGUCAGCUGGUGUCCUGCCUGGAGUCUGACAUGACGCAGGAGGACAGCCCGGCAUCCGGCGCCUUUGUGCUGCCCAACCCCGUCACGCCAUCGCUGCAGGCGUUCCCCCGAGUCACCAACACCUACGGCUCCUACCAGGACGCCAACAUCCCGUUCCCUCGUACGUCCGGAGCUCGUUUCUGUGGCACCGGCUGUCUGGUUUACUUCACUCGACCAAUCAGCAUGCACCGCUCGGCCCCCGCCAUCGAACCCACCCCCAGGUCCCUGUCGGCGCUGUCGGCCUAUCACAGCGGCGUUCUGACCCCCAUGAAGAUGCGCUCCGAGUCCCAGAGCACCCUGCGGCUGUACAGCGGCAGCCCCACGCGCUCCGACAAAGACACCGUCUCCAUCUCCUCCUUCUACUACAAAGAACGGAAGCUCCCAGUGUCCGCCUCUCGUCGCUGGUCUGUCCAAACCCUCUAUGAUUGGCCGAAAUCACGCCGCUUCAAGACGAAGCGGGAGGGGACGGACUACAGCAACCGGCCCAUCAAACUGGCGGGAAAAGUCAUCAUCCAGGACAUCUCCUGCCUGCUGCCGGUCCACAAAACCCUGGGAGAGAACUACAUUCUCAACAUGAGCGACAUCCAGGAAACGUGUCAGAAGAAUGCCGCGGCGGCGCUGGCGGUCGAGCGCAGGGACGUGGCGAAGGUCUGGGCUCUGGCCUCCGCAGCCACCAGUCAGGACCUGAGUCCAGAUCCCGACCCGGACACGGAGACGCCCUGGGCCAGACAUCCGUUUGGGCGCCGCCUGCUGGAGACGCUAUUGGAUCACUACAGUCACAUGAGCGACGUCCAGACUCUGGCCAUGCUGUGCAGCGUGUUCAAGGCCCAGGCUCCGCCCCCAGACUGCACGUACGGACAGCUGCCGCGCCUGCCCCCACACCACCCCCGAUACGCCAGCUUCACCUCCAGCUCCGUCACGUCCGGCUCCUGCUCCAGCACCUCCGACUCCAUCAACGCCAGCACCUGGACUGCAGUUCGAGACCCCGACCACGUCAGCUCCUGGGGGGAGCCUUCGCCGGACGACUACCGCUACAGCGGCCAGGCCUACACGGACCCUCGGGAACGCGAGCGAGACCAGCACGACAUGAACAAGAGGCUGCUGGACCCCGCCAACAUGCCGCAGUUUGACGACUUCAAGAAGUGCUACGGCGAGAUCCUGUACCGCUGGGGCCUGAGGGACAAGAGAGCCGACGUGCUGAAGUUCGCUUCCUGCCCGCCAGAACCCCACAAAGGCAUCGAGUUCGGCGUGUACUGCUGCCACUGCCGCAGCCAAGCCCGCGGGACGCAGUGCGCCGUCUGCAAGCGCCUGACGUUCCAGUGCGCCGUCUGCCACGUGGCCGUCCGCGGAUCCUCCAACUUCUGCCUGAGCUGCGGGCACGGAGGCCACACCCACCACAUGAUGGACUGGUUCCGCCAGCAGGACGAGUGUCCGGCCGGCUGCGGCUGCCACUGCCUGCUGCAGAGCACCUUCUGAGACCCGGCAGGACCCGGUCACCAUCCUGGACCCGACCCAGGGCGAGGAGCGCAACGUCCUGGUUCAGCACCUCAGAACAGAACCUCACCUGUGGUUUGUGAGGGUUUCCCUGGAGGUGUUGAGGAGCAGAGCGGCCUUCAGCACCGCUUGACCCACACCGAGUCUCUGAACAGCACCAGAACCACAGACCAGACCGUGACUUCCCCUUUUCUCCUAUAACUUAAUAAAAGACAUUUUUCCAUCA